GCUCCAACCAAGUCCAAGGUUCCGUUAGGUGCACCAAGCUUGACCUGUGACGCUCCACGCGGUUCAAGAUCAAGUUGGUUGCAUCACCAGCGACUUCAAACUUCAUAUUACCAGCUUCUCCAUCCUCCUCCAUCUCCAUCUCCGCUCUACUCCCUCCGAUCUCGUCACCUAGACAUAUCCUUUGGCUCAUCCCACAAAUAACCGCUCGCUGCUAGCAGCCGCGACGCUUUAAUCAUAGCUAAUCAUGUCCCUCGACCCGCCAACGUACCUGGCCUCUCUCCAGAGCAACAUCCGUCAGCGACCCAUUCCCUGGGACGGUGCUGUCAGGGCCGGCACCCUCACCGAGGAGCAAUAUGCAAAGAUUCGAGCUGUAGAUAAGGCGAAGAAGCCCGAGCAAAGAAAGGAGAUUGUGUCAGGGGAUAUUGAUGGAUAUCGCGUCUUGUUUGUUGGCGAUGAUGGAAAGACGAGUGUUCUCGAGACGGCGGGAAAGCAUGCGAAUGUGAUCCAGUACAUCCUGGUCUUGCUUGGCGACCUUCUCGAGGGUAAGAGCGUCCCUUUUAUCUUUAUGCGACACUGGGAAGUGGCAUUGAGUAGUCCAUGUCUAUCUACUAAUAGAGCGACUUCCGUCAUAAUCUCCAAUCACCAAUGCUAACAUAACAUUCUUUCAGCUGUUCCAUCUCUAGCCAAGGCCCUCUUCAAGACAAAGGAGCCUUAUCGACAUUUUUUGCCUCUGCUUAACUCGACUAAUGCCGAGGAUCCUAUUCCAUUGCUUACUGCACAUGCUCUUACCACACUCAUGGCUCUUGCUCGAGACGAGUCCCGAUCUACCCUCCAGGCUCUGCCUGUGAUUCUCACCUAUCUCUCCGGCUUGGCCAAGAGUAACGAUGCCGGCCUACAAGAUAUCGCUGUACAGGAGUAUUCGUCUCUGCUCUUUGGGCAUGUCGCAAGAGAGCAGUUCUGGAACCAGCGAAGCGAGACGAUUGCGCCCCUGAUCAAGAUUCUUCAAACUGCAGCUGGUAUCGGGAAUGGAGGCAGCUCAUCUGCUAGUCUCUGGAGCGGCAACACCGGUACCGGAUCUACUGGCUUUGGGGGUUCUCUGGGUGGAGGUGUUGGUCUCCAGCUUCUCUACCAUGCUCUCCUUGUUAUCUGGCAGAUAAGUUUUGAGGCUGAGGAGAUUGGUGAUGAACUCAACGACGAGUACGAUAUUGUCCUUCUUUACACUCACCUUCUACGAUUAUCACCCAAGGAAAAGACAACUCGAUUGAUCCUUUCUACACUCUACAACCUUCUCGAGAAAAACCAGAAAUCACUUCUACCCACCGCAGUUCUUGCUCGCCUUCCCGCUCUUCUCGAGAACAUCAGUGGUCGCCAUCUGACUGAUCCCGACUUGCUGGAGGAUCUUUCAAAGCUCAAGGAAAUGCUGGAAGAGUAUACCAAGACCAAGACCACAUUCGACGAGUAUGUUGCUGAGGUGCAGUCUGGUCACCUUCGAUGGUCGCCCCCUCACCGAAACACAGUCUUCUGGGCUGAGAAUGCCCGCAAGAUCCUCGAGUUUGAGAACGGAGAGAUUCCUCGGAAGCUGGCCGAGAUCAUGCGACAACCCUGGGAUAACGACAAGCAAGUGCUUGCCAUUGCCUGCAACGACGUUGGAUGUCUGGUGAAGGAGGUUCCCGAGAAGAGAUAUCAACUAGAGAAGGUUGGUCUCAAGAGAAGGAUCAUGGAACUCAUGCAGUCAGAUGACGAAAACGUGCGAUGGGAGAGUCUCCGAGCUCUCGGAGGCUGGUUGAAGUACAGUUUUGAGCAACAGUGAACUGUCAGAUAUCAGUCCUAGAGAAGUGUAGUGUCUGCUGGAGUGUCUUGUUUAUUACGCGGGCGUCUUGAUGUCGUCAGUUCUGGCAGGUCCGAGUUCGCAAAGCUUAGAGAAUCACAGUAGACGAGCUGAGCUGAGGAGCGGGGACAAGAGAAAGCAUCAGCUUGUAAUGGCAUACUUUUUAGUUAUUGGUAGUUUGAGCAGCAUCACCUCGACUACGAUUGUGUGUGAGAAUGAAGUGUUAAACAAUUAGAUCCUAUCCCAUGAAUUAUGUCUCACGCGGCCUUAUCAAUCAUUUAUUCUUAUCAGCA